AUGUCGUCGCUGUCAUGGGCCUGGAGCUGUGGAGCGUGGUAUGUGGUGGACUACGCCAAGACGGGACGAUCCAGCUGCAAGGAGUUCAGGUGCCGGAAAGCCAUCAGUGCAGGGGAGCUGCGCAUUGGCAUCGAAGCACCUGAGGACGAUCAUCGCGGCAGUCAGCUGGGUUGGUAUCAUCCGAGCUGCUUGUGGAAGACAUUUUCCUUCCAGAAGAAUGCCAACAAGAAGAUGGGACGUCUGAAGAGGCAUCAUAUUCCUCCUGGAACGAUUGAAUCCACCGCAGACAUCCAGAACUUUCAUCAUCUGAAAGCAGAGGAUAAAGAGCUCAUCCAAUCUCUGCUGGAUGGCAAGGCUUCGCGGAUCGAAGCGGCUGCCCGCGGAUCCCAGGAUGCGAAGAUCGCGGCGAAGAUCGUGACGAAGAUCGAAGGCAACACCAUGACCCUCACAGGCCCCACCUUCCAGUUCAAGGAGGAUUUGAAGAAGUUGGGCGCCAAAUUCAACGGACAGACCAAAGCUUGGGUCAUCACCAAAAAGGACAACGACUCGUUCGAGAAAGUUCUCAACUUCUUGGCUGGAAAGGACGGAGACAAUGACAGCAAGCCCUCAGGUCCGCGGGCCGCCAAGCGCCAGCGGACCUGA